AGCAAGAUAUAGUGUUCUUUUUUUUUUUCCUUUUUUUUUUUUUUCAAUUUUAUUGUAAUGAUACUAAUAUGUCUCUAUCUGUUCAUGGAUGCAGAUGAAUCUAUAUAAAUCACACUCUAGAAGGACUGCCACAAGGGACAUUGCUGAGAUGUUUAUUCAGAGAAAAUCGACAAUGAGAAAGUGGUUCAUUGCUAACAAACAAAGAGUCUCACUCACAACAGAUAUAUGGGUUAGUGAUGUCACAGGUGCAAGUUAUAUGGUCAUAACAGCACAUUACAUUGAUCAGUAUUGGCGACUAAAGAAGCUUAUAAUAGGAUUCAAGUAUGUGACAUACCACAAAGGGAAGACAAUUGCAGCUACUCUUCUUGAUUGUUUAGCUGAUUGGGGUAUAUAGAAGGUCUUCUCUGUUACAGUGGACAAUGCAACGGCAAAUACAAAUGCUUUGAGUAAGUUUGAGACUACUUUCUCUCUCGUUUCUGAUGAGUCUUUAGUUAUGAAAGUAGAGUUUAUGCAUGUGAGAUGUGCUGGCCAUAUCAUUAAUUUGAUAGUGAGAGACAGGUUGACUGAAGUUUCUGAGAAUGUACUUGCAAUCAGGAAUGCUAUCUCUUAUUUUAGAUCCCACUCAAAUAGGCAAAACACAUUUAACCAGAAGAUAAAUUCUGUUAGGAUGACAAGGGGUAGUUUGCCUUUGGAUGUUAAGACUAGGUGGAAUUCGACUUAUUUGAUGUUGCAGAGGGCAAUUAAGUACAAGGUAGCAUUUGAUAAGAUGGAGACAGAAGACAAGCUAUUCAAUGAUCAUUUCCUGGAGAUUGAUAAUGGAAAAAAGAGAGUUGGACCUCCUAGCUUCAAUGAUUGGCGUGCAGUUGAAAGGUUAGACAAGUUUUUAGAGAUUUUUUACAACUCAACAUUGAUUGUCUCGGCUUCUACUAAACUGAAUUCUCAUAAGUGUUAUGAAGAGAUUGUCAACAUAUCAACCAAUCUUGACCUGAUGUGUUCUAGUUAUGAUUCUGAGUUGAAGAUAAAGGCUGAGGAAAUGUAUAAGAAGUUUGAUAAGUAUUGGGAUGGGAUUAGUAAUAUCAAUCUGAUGUUGAUAAUAGCGACAGUAUUUGAUCCUAGUAAGAAGCUGCAUUUUGCUAAGAUUUGUUUUGCCGAGUUGUAUGGUGAAGAGACUCCAACAUAUAAAGAGAUGUAUGACAAAUUUUACAAUCUUCUGAUUGAUAUGUUCAAGGAGUAUAGUGAUCGGUAUGCUAAAUUUCAGCCUUCUCAGUCAUCUCAGCCAGAUGUGAGUGAAGAAGAUAGUGUUCCUCGUCUUUUCACAAUUGAUAAAAGGUACAAAGCAGCUUUAAAUGAGAUUGGAGUUCAAGUGACAAAAGAUGAAUUGACUACAAACCUGAAAGAAGCUGUUGAGAAUCCAGAUGUGAUGAUGGGGACUGAGUAUGAUGUUCUAUCUUGGUGGAAAGUCAAUUGUGGUAAGUACCCUAUUCUAUCACAAAUAUAUGGCUCGUGAUGUCUUUGUUAUGCAAGUGUCAUUUGUAGCAUCUGAAAGUGCUUUUAGCACAAGUGGUAGGAUAAUAGAACCAUGUAGAAGUUGUCUAACUCCCUAUAUGGUUGAGGUUUUGAUGUGUACUGAGCAGUGGAUGAAACAAGACAUUGCAAUUGAAUCAAGAGUUCUUACCAAUGCUCAAAUUCUGGCAGAAGUAGAAUAUGAAGAUCGACUUGAAAAAGAGUUCUGCAUUGAAGAUUAAGGUCUCGACUACUUGGAGCUACAAGGUGUUUUGUUCUUUUGUCUCGUUUAGUACUUGGUUUAUUAAGACAUGGAUUUGUUUGUUUAACA